UUGCUUUGCAGUUGCUACAGCAACAUCAGGUUUCUCCAGCAACCUUUCAGUGUUCUGUAGCACCACAACCCAAAACAAAACACCACAAAUGUGUACUGUAUAUGAAAUAGCAUAAUUGUGCUAUAAAACACUUUAAUUAUUAAUUCCCUCCGUCAGUAAGUUUAUGUUCAGCAGCGGCUACCAUAUGGUGCAGACAAACUGGUAAUAAGAUCAGUCUGACAUGGCUCUUUCUUCUCCUUCCCAACUAUCCUUUCAUUUCUACGGUAUGUUUCGCCAAUGUAUGUAACAGAAGAAAACAAGAAAACCGACAGUACAAUGGAUUGAGAGCUUGUUAGUCGUUACUGGAAAGAGAAGAGGGACUUGGAGGAUUCCAGAUGGAAGGGACACCAAGUCAGGAGAAUGUGCCAGUGCAGGCCUUGCAGUUUAUCAAAGCAGAGCUCUCACGAACACAGAAGUCUAUCACAGAACUCCAGAGUGAAAGACGUUUAUUAAGGAAGCAACUGAGCAGAUGGACUGGUGCUGUCCAAGUGCUUCAAGAGUCUCAAGAAGAUGUUCAUUGCAGAUUAGAGGCUAAAAUUGAAGCUCUAACUGAGAGCAGUGAGUGUUUGAGAACAGAACUGCACCAGCUAAGGCAAAAUGUACAGAAUGGUCAGAAAGAUUCAGAUGCUGCCAGCAAACAGCAGAUUAAAUGGCAUCCUGGUGAUUUCACAAGCCUAUAUAAACAAAUCUCACAAACAAAACCAUUAAAGGCAAUGCACCAGCCCUCCAAGUUAAAAGAGGAAUGCAUUAAAAUGCCACCUGCCUGUGAUUCCAUUAUUUUGGAUGAAAGUAAUUUAUUUCAGGAGGGUAAUUUAAUCAAGGGAUUUCCAAGUUUCCAAAGUUCACAAUCUGCAACCCAGAGUGAAAAAGAUUCUUUGAGGACACAAAAUGGAGAAACAUUGGCACAUAUGAGACACUUAUGUGAGUCAAUAAAAGCCGUUUCAAGACAUAAAACCCAAGAGGGAAAUGAAAAUCCUAGUUGUUUAAAGAAUGAGAGCUUAAGACCAGUGAAAGGCAAUGUUGCACCAAGAGAAGAUGUAGACAAUUCGCAGUUACUAAAACGUACUGAAACAUCACCAAUGAUGAAAGAAGAAGAACUUCAGGCUUUGGUCAAGAAACUAAAGGAUGCAUUAUCUAUCCAUAUACACCCAGGACAUCUUCCUGGGCCAAAACAAGAGCUGUUACACACAGCAGGGCAGGUCUGUACUUCAUACUCUACCCUCCUUAACAAAGUAAUUCAAGCAACCUCAAAAUAAGGAUAUUGACAACAAAAACACAUCCCCCAUAGUUUAUAUAAAAUGAUUUUGUCAUAUUGGGGAAAACAUGACCUAUCAUUGUAACUCACACAUGGCAGACUGUCGUGGAUGACUAAUGCGAUCAGAAACUAAGCAGCCAAUUAGAGGCAUAAGAUAUUGUCCUCUGUGAGAGAUAACGUUCAUAUAAAGAAAUCAAAAUCAAUGUUUUGUUUUUAAUGUUGUAUUUUAAUAAAUUAUGGUUAAGUUAAUUUUAAUGUGGCAAAAUGAAGCAAUUUUAAAGUAAAUAUUGAGGCUUGCCCUUAUUUACAAUUAACUUUAAUGCAGCUUAUCUUCAACAAAGGUCUUCUUUUAAAGCACACGGAUCUGUCCCAAAGUGCAUUCAGUUCUGUUUAUUACACUCCACCAACCCAAUUCCUAACAUCAGUUACUUAUGCACUGAAUAACACUCCAGCAUCUGAAACGUAAGACUGAUAUCUGUCCAAUUGGACUGCUAUAUCAUGCUGAUGAAUGUCCUGCUAUUCAGGGAACAAAAUGGAGGUGCAGGGUUUAUAAUUCCUAGUAACAUAACAACAUGAUAUAGGUGCAUACAUAGAAUAAGAGAGGUAUUUACUUAAACUCUAAUUUCGACCUAAAACCCAUCCACGAAUUAACCUUAUUUAUUAUAAAUUACGCAAAAAAAAAGUCGGUAUGGGAAAAGUCUUGAAAAAAUUGGAAUUGUACGACUUUUUUGAGCUGUAAGCCGAUAGCCUCGACUUUUUUGGAUUAUUUUACGAAAAAUAGAAUAGAUCACAAUGUCAAGAAACAUCUUCAAAUUGUAAAAGGA